AUGAAAAGUUUAAACGUGAUCUCAUGGCAUUAUCAGACACCUGAAAGGAGAGCCCUGAAGAGAAACCGACUGGGACCACCUGAUGUUUAUCCGCAAGAUGCAAAGCAGGAAGAAGAUAAUUUAGGGGCAGAUCGUUUGAAAAAGGGUUAUCAAGUUGCCGUGACAUCUUAUGAACAUGAAUCAAUUGUUUAUAAUGUCAAGAUGCCACGAUUAGAUCGUUUGGAUGAUACGAUGUUACGUGGGGCUCAAUUAGUAAUGCAAAUAAUGGCGAAAAAAAUGGAACUGAAUGCAAAUCUUGAUAAAGAAAGAAAGCGUGCAGGAAGUGCUAUUACGAAAGAUACUAUCGGAAGCGGAGGAAACAGCGUGGGAGGGAGCACACAAAUACAUUUCCAACAGUUCAGUCAUAAUGCAGAAAAAGCGAAAAAAUCAAAGGAACGGAACGACUGGUUUACUGAUUUGGCUCAUGGCAAGCCUUUGGCAGUACUAGCCAGGAAACCACCAUUUUUUCGUAAAAAGGAGGAUGCGUUGGAAUACUUGUGUGAUUAUAAAGUACCGGUUAAUCGAGCGCUAUGGUUUCUAAAAGUAAUUGCUGUUGGUGGUCAAGGAUGUAGUAGCAACGUUAAUAAGCAGAAGAAAUCCACUACUGACCAAUUGGCUUCCGAACUCGCAUCACUUUUCACGAAAUAUGUAAAACUAAUGCUUAAUCAAAUGAACGACAGCGCCAAACUAGAAUCAAAUAUUGUUUAUACCGAUCGGUGGCCGCAUUUUGUGUACAUUUGUAAACAUGCUUACGAGGAUGGGAUGGUCGAGAAACAGGAAUUUUUGAUGGACUUACUGGACAUAUUCAAUGAUCGGUUUGUGCAGCCCAUUGAAAAUCGUCGAAAUGACAAGUCAUCGAUUCAUUCUUUUUUGCACCAUGGAUCCGGAAUUGCUUCAAACAGCAAUCAAUCCCAUUACAUCACAUUAUUCCGUCUUUUUCUUUUAUUUAUUUGUCAAUACACGGAUCAAAUUACACAGAAUAUAGUUUUAUCGAAAAGAUGCUCAUUUUUGGUAUGCCACAGAUUGGAAUUGUAUCGAGACGAAGCUGAGGAGCGGGAAGGCAGGUUGGUGGAUUGUAUCGAGCUGUUUGAUGACAUGCAGCAAUGCAUUCAUCAGCGUGCAAUAAUUUUGACACUUUGUGGUAUGCUGUAUGCUAUACUAAUUGAUUGUCCUGCUGCUCUGAUAUGGAAUAAAUAUGAAGUAUCACCCGGACGUCCACCUACAAUGCUUCACCAGUUAUGCGGUUCACCACUGGAUCAUCUACCUUGUCCGUUCGAAAGUCUUCCUUUGCCGCCGGGUCACGGCACUGAGCGAUUGCAGGAGUUUAUUCAGCUUCGACUGGCUGAGGUACGCCGGCGUUCUCGUGCGUGCGAAAAUAAAUGGUCAUUGAAUUAUGCACAGAAGAAGGGCUUUGCAGCUAUGGUUUUGCAAUGUCUCGAAAUUGUUGGUGUACUUGAUGCAGCACGUUUGGAUCAACCAAACUGCAUCGAAAAAAUUUAUGCAAUAAUUUUUAAUGGACCCUCCAAAGAAAGCUUUGAGCACGAACAUGCAAUCCGUGUAAAAAUGCUUCUACAAUGGGCAGUAACAAUGGAAAGAGAGGGGACUCAUCGUGCAAUGCUCGUCUCUCAGUUACUUGCAUUCCGGAUUAAUCACCGAAAAACAUUCAAAUUUGGUUCAUUAACUCUGCAAGAAAUAUUAUUGGAAUUUCUUGUGACAGAAGGGCCGGAUCCGGAAACUACUGACAAAGACCGUUUUUGUCAAGAGUUUGCUAAUCUAAUGUUACUAUUCAUUGAAUUGCAACGUGCCGGUGUUUUUUCCCAUGAUUUCUAUGUGAAGGAAUUGAUUCGGACUGGUGAAAUGUUAGAAUACAUACCAUUAAUGCAGAAAAUCAGGAAGCGGAAAGAAGAUAAACAAAAAGCGAAUUUCUUUCAGACAUCCAAUACAUCUACGUUAUUUUCAACAUUUACGUCUCAACCCAGUGAAGCAACUACUGCGCUUUUAGCGGGAGCAGCAGCGACAUCACCUCCACUUGUGACAAUACCGACUGACUUGCCUGACGAGCAUCCAUAUUUGUGGGAAGAUUUAUCAAUUCAUGAACGAUUGUUGAUACAUUUACCCAUUCCACAGUCAGCCGAAUACAGAAGUGAAUGCAAUCAAAGAUCUCUCCUGUUAUACGGAAUUAGUGCGGAACGUGAUGCUGUAAAACUGGAGUUGAGGCGCUUAGCACGUGAACUGUCAAAACUUUGGCAAAAGCGAAUUGUUAUUGAAUUUUCUUUCAAUAAACCAUUGGAAAUUCGAUUUAAAAAACGAGCUACACGUGAACAACUUCGAGAAAGCAUGACCAAAUUUAGAUCAUGUACAUAUUAUGAUCAACUCGUCCUUUGUGGUUGGUGCUGUGAAUCGUUUAUUCAGAUGGUGCAGGAUUUUGUUGAUGGUCAUAGUUGUGUGUUACCUACUGCUGAGGGACUUGAUAUUGUUUUAGAAAUGUGUGAGCUGGCGCAGAAUGUUGCUGGCAUUAUGGAAUUCGCUGAGGAAUUAUUACCUCUAUUAGUAUUAAUUGAACGGGUACUUCUGGAGCGUCGUGUUGACUGUGUUCCAAGUAAUGUAUCAGCUCAGCUUGGUUACGUUCUAACUGCAUAUAUUUCCCACAAUUAUUAUUAUUUUUUGUACUCUCAAAAUGCAUCCAACAUUGUACAAGGGCUAUAUCGAGUUAUUGAAAGUCAGUUGAAAUCAUCAGAUUCAUGUCUAACGGGGUGGGGACGUACUAUUGCUGUUUUUGUACUCGAUGCAAAGAAACAACUUAUCGAAAGUGGUUUGUGUAGUCAUAAAAUUGAAGCAAAACGCGAGCUGCUAAAACGGGUGAUACCGCCUUGGAAACCAACACACAGUACAGGCGACAGGAAUCCGUGUGGAGGACAGCGAUAUGCCUACAAUGCUAGCACUUUCAAAGAAUUGCUCGAGGAACCGAAGCGUAUAUUUUCCUUUAAUGAAUAUCGCCGCUUGCAUGCAGUUAUCGAUGGCACGGAUGAUGCACGAUAUAGUUUUGUUGUGAGCGCACUGCUUGCUGCAGUACGCGGAGUUAGCAAUGCGUCUGGGAAUGAUAGUACGGGAAUUGGUGCAACAACAAUGGAAAGAGUUACAGGGGAUCGUUUGGUUGAAUUGGCAAAUAUUUGUGGACAUGUUAGUGCUCAAGCAGCUCAGGCAGAGAAAUAUUUAGAUUGGUGUGGUGCUCUUCAAGCACUGUGCUGUUCAAGUUUGCAAGGUGGAACUUCGGCAUUCCCGGAUCUUCUGAUGGAAAUCAAUGUGGAAGAUUCAACAUGUCACUACAAUAUUGCUACGUUCUACAUGUUGCUGGCGGGACGUAGCUGUUUCAGUAUAAAUGCACUGGUUCAUCAAUUACUGCAUACAGCACUGAAAUCGUUACUUAAUUGUGGAAUUGGUAAAGUAUCGGAUGCGGACGCAGAGGCCGGUGUUUGUUUGGCACUUCUGGUGCUAGCUAAUAUCAUAUGCCAAAGUGAUCAGCCCAUCAUUCUUUCAUCACAAUAUACUGGUGAUCGAAUCAACUCGAACAUUUGUAAAGCAGAUCGGUGGAUCUUAUCGGAAAGUCAUUUGCAUGAUGUUGGCGAUGAAGUUUGUGCACUAUUGGUCACAAUUUGUAUGAUUGCUGAUUAUACUAAGCAUAAAUUGAGAGAUCGGUACUCAGAUGAUGGUAAACCGAUUGAUCAACGUGCAUUUCGUCGUGAGUACAUAGCGGAACUAUCGAAAGGAGUACUAAUGGCAAUGUGCGAGCAGGAAUGGGUUACACAGCGAAUAUAUAGAAGAUGUGAAGAUGGUGCAAUGGAUUGUUUCUCCUCUCAUCAACUUCGCAAAAACUGCUUGGGUCAACAAUUAUUACGUAUGGCUUUGCGAAGACGUAGUGAGCGUGAAAUAGUACGUGAAUUAACUAUCUGUAAUGGAAAUAGUAAAAAAUCACUGAUCGAUAAACUGCUCAAUGUUUUGAAUAUAUGGAAUACGCGAGCAACUUAUUUUGAUUUUAAAUUAAUGAUUCGAGAGAUUUCACCGGAAGGUUGCACAACUAAGCAUGCUCAGCAAGGUGCAAUUGCUGCGGAUGCACUGCUUGGUGAAAUUGGUAAAUGUUGUCGAGAUUUAUUUACACAGUCACAUAAAUCUGAUAAAAAAUUACCACCUGCUGCCGUCGGCAAAGCUUUCAGAUUGAAAGAUAUCACGGCCUACUGGCUGAUCAGUCCAUUGGUACAUGCCUGUCCACGACCGGGCAAUUUACCGGCCUCAUUCCCUGCGAUUACCGUACAAGGAAAAUUUCUCAAAGAAGCAGCAGCAAUGCUUGAUACUUCAUCUGAUAAUAACAAAGAAAGAAUCCAACAAAGUGCUUGGUUGCUGAGUCAAGAGCCAUUUUUGAACUUGGUGCUGACAUGUUUAAAUGGUGAGGAACAGCAACGUGAUGGUUUGGUCGGUUCAAUGCUUAAACAGCUACAGGAGUUGGCAUUGAAAGCUAAAGAUAAUCCCCUUUUACCAUAUUUGCGCAUAUUUUCGUUAGAACGUGAAGGGGUACUAUUGCGAAUAUCUCUGGUUGGAGGUAUGUUUGACUCAGUAUGUCAUACUUCGACUUGUGAUACAUGGGCAUUGACAUUAUUUCAACUAAUGCUUUAUGGAGUUAUCUCAAAGGAACGAGACGGAUAUUUGUUCGAUUCAUGUUACGAUAUGCUAUCUACUCUGUUGAUAUGGUCGAUUACUGAUCCGAUGAAUGCAGCGGCGAUGAAUACACAAGAUCCAGAUACCAAAUUUCGAUUUCCUACUUACUCUUUGAUCGUUAAAAAGCUCCGAAAGGAAUUGAGCGAACGUGCAUUAAUUCCUGAACUUCGUUCACUAAUGCAGUUUCUACCUAUUCCAAAACCCCAGGUUGAGCUGAUAACCUGUGAACCAUAUGGCACAGUACCAAGUUCACCACAAAAACUUGGAAAGAGCCAAUCGCAAGGGCAAUUAAUCCAAACAACAGUAAAAGCUAAUCGUCAUGGGCUGCAGUUUGCUGAAAAAGUGAAGUUAUCAGCAUACGAUAUAAUACAAUACCUAAAUGUCGAUUCAACUUUACUCAAGCGUCCCUGGAACUGGUCAAUGUUACAGGCUGUAAAAUUAGAUCGUUUGCCAGUUCCUGUACAACGAUACAUUCAACGUUUAGUACACCAUUCUCAUUACAAUGAAUUUGUUCGCCCGACAAUUUGUGGAAUGGAUCGACCACCCAAUCUGGAUAUCUAUCUUUCACCACCGAUGAUGGAUGUUUCGGAAACACCGGCAACUUUGCAUCAUGUUUCUUCGAGUGCUGCUACCUCAACAACCACAUCUGCCAGUUCUACGAAUGUAUCGGUAUCCUCAGGUGGUGCAGCUAUGGAUGUGGGUGCAACUUUGGGUCCCGUGGCACAAGGUCGUGCAGUGGGAUACCAGUCAGGUGCCACUCCUAGCUGCACAUCCAUCCCCGAUGCAUCUACGGCAUCUGGUGCUCCUGGCGCACCAAAUACUGCAACAGGGAUGAUGUUUCCGGCACAAGGUGGUUCGAUGCCGGCGCUACCGGAUCUAACAGGGCGAAGUCAAAACAGUGCGUCGCCAAGAGGUGCAAGAGGUGGACGUCGCAAAGCAACAGGUCUUUCUACUCGUUCCCAAGGUACCACUCGCAAACAACGGCAGCAGCGACAGCAAACUGUUGAUCAGUUGGCUGUAGCAGCUGCAGCAGCGGCCGCCGCUGCGCAGCAACAACAGCAACAAAUGACCGGUGCUGUUAGUUGUGGCGGUGCUGGACCACCGUCGCAACCGACAUAUCCAGGCGCCUGGGCCAGUGGUCAACAGCAGGCAGGAGUACCGCAACAGUUUGCAUCUGGAUCUUCAGCAGCUCCUGCUGGAGUGGGGCAACCAGGUGCUCCAAUGGGUACUCAAACGACAGAAGAUUCGAAAAUGAAGAUUCACUCUAUGAUCCUACAAAAGCGACAGGCACAAGCUGCCAGUGGUGUUGCUGCAAUGCAACAGGGCACUACAGGUGGACCUCAGCCAACUCUGCAGGAUGUUAACGCUUACCAGAUCUCUGGAGGACCGGCACAAUAUGGUGGUGGUAUGGUAAUGAAAGUUGAGACGGGUGCUAGUUCUAUGCAAAUGACUGAUCAUACUCAACAACAACAACAACAGCAACAGCAGUAUGCGCAACAACAACAGUUAAUUCAAAUGCAACAGGAUACCCAAGGAGGUUCUCAGUAUGUUGUACAUCACCAACAACGAGGUGGUGUAGCUUACGGACAACAGUCGGUGCAGCAGGCAGCUUAUGAUUCUCGGUUCAGCCAACAGCAGUUACAAUAUGGACAGCAGGCUCAGCAGCAACAGCAAUAUCAUCCAUCACAGCAGUACUAG